GAUUAUUAUUUUGUUCACUUUUGCAUCGAGCGGAACCAAGUACCAAGGUUAUCUUUGGAGUUCAGACUAUCAAUACGGUAUUUCCGUUUAGGGGCAUAUAAAGGUGACCACGUCUCAUAUGAAACCAAGCUGGAUACCUCACAUCCUAAAAAUUCGUGCAUACCAAUUGAUUUCCCGCUUCCACUUGAUGGACCUAGUAGCGAGAAUGACAAAAUUCAACUUUUUCGCUUUAUCGGAUCAAUUCCGAGAUGGGAGGGUUACGUUCUAUUAUUUAUUGUGGUCAGUAACAUUGAAUAUAAAAGAGCCGACGCGAAUCUUGAGCUGUUCUUAGACGAAUGGAAUAACAUUCGACAGGAAGUUCAAUCCUUGUACGGGGGAGGGGGUGCAAGCCCAUUCCAAUAUGCGCACUGCGUUAAAAUCAUGGAAAGCUACAAGGCGUAUCGAGAGGAUGAUAAGGUCGAUGAGAUUGGCCUGCUAAUCGAAAGUAUGUCCAACGAUCUUAAAUACCAUUCAAUAACGAGUCUACCAAAUCUAAUUGAUCACCUAAAGAAUCUCACCUCUUUCCAAAGACAAUUGUUACGCUCGAUGUGCAUAUCGAGAGUGAGAUCAUUUUCCGAAUAUGCAAUCUACGUUUCCCGCUGGAAAGACAAGUCGAACGCAGAGAAGAUUGCCCAUUACGAGAAACAGGAGAAGGAGAAGAUUGAAAUCCUCGAAUUCAAGAAUCAACAACAGAUCGAUGAAAUUGAGGCGCUCCGGGCGGAUAAGGAGGAACAGGGGAGAAAACUCGACAGCCUGGAAUCCGAAAAUAAAGAACUCACAAAUGAAAUCAAAACCCUUAAGGCAAAUAAAGAAAAGGCUGAGCAAGCGCUUAAAGAGAAAAUUGAGUUGGAGAAAAAGAUACUCGAAUGCAUUAGCGCAAAGGAUCGCGAUGCGAUAAAAAAACACAAUACCUUUCAAUCAGAGAGGCCACACAAUAAAAAGUUCAAUGGGAAACAAGAAGUCGCGAGCGCCUUCCACAAGGAAGGUGAAAGGUUGAAGCUCGAAGUGGCAAAGUGUCAUGCGGUAUGGGGUUGUGUCGCGAAUUUGGAAUGGUGUGACGAAGAUCCUACCAACCCGGCGCAACUGACCAGAGAGAUCGAGAAACUCCAACGAGACCUGGCAAACCUCACAAUGAUCAAGGGCAAGGAGGUGAAAAUUCACCAAGAUGCGGUUUCCGAACUCUUUGAACGUUACAAGUGCAAAACGUCGACCAGCGAUAAGACGAUGAAGUGUGUAUUGAGUGCAGUUUUACAGCGACAUACGCUGGAGCUCAUCAUUCAACACUCGGAGAAAUAUCUCAAUUGUUCGAAUGGUUUGAACGGCAUUAUGGACAUACCGGAAGAAAGACUUGAGCUCGGUGUGAAAUCACGCGUGAACGAUUUGUGCAAUUUGAUGAAAAGAUUCUGCGAGUCCACAAGUGGUGGAGACGAACUCUCGCGUGUCCCACCAAUAAGACUACGUCAGCAAGUCUAUGCGAUACUAAGCAACAGGGUUUUCGCCAGUCAAAAUCAUCCGUUCAUUCAAGAGAUCGUCAGAGAUCUGUUAACAUCCAUGGACAAAUUUAGAACAAUUGAAUCGAAGGAAAGAAAGGAAAAAUUUAAUUCCAAAGCAGCCUCCCUGGUUCAACAAGUUAUAAAUAUUUUUUGUUUUAGAUUAAAUACACAGGAGCCGGUACCUGCGUUUAAAUUUUAUGAGAGCGGUAGGCAAAUAGACGCAAGGGUGAUGGAGGGAGUUUGGAAUGGUAGCCCUGAAAAUUUUGAAAUAGAAGUCUGCGCGUUUCCUGUGGUGACGGUUAUGAAGGAGGACGGUGACGAGAGGAUACUCACCAAAGCUCGGGUUUUAGUCCGAUAA